AUGCUCCUCCAGGCGGCGUUGCUGCUGCUGCUGCUGCACUGCUUGGCCUCCACUCGUGGCCAGUACGACCUGUGCAAGUCCCUGGUGAGCACGGAUGAGGGCUCAGUGUGGGAGCAAUACGCGUGCCAGCCGAAAGCCAUGUCCAUGAAAGACCACAUGCGCAUCAAGGUGGAUCCGCCCGGAAUCACGUGUGGAAACCCGCCGGAGAGGUUCUGCACUCUGGAGAAUCCAUACCUGUGCAGUGAUGAGUGUGAUGCCUCCAACCCAGAUUUGGCUCAUCCUCCUCAGCUGAUGCAGGAUCGUGAACGCAACGGCUUAAUCACCUACUGGCAGACAGUCACAUGGAGGAGCCACCCAGAGCCCCUGCUGGCUAACAUCACAAUGGCCUGGAACAAAAGUCUGGAGCUCACAGACGACAUACUGGUCACCUUUGAAUACGGCCGUCCUUCUAUCAUGAUACUAGAUAAGUCCAUGGACCAUGGGCGCUCCUGGCAGCCCUACCAGUUCUUUGCUGACGACUGCCUGGAUGCCUUCGACAUGCCACCCAAACAAGUGCGUGACCUCACGCCCGCCAACAUCACACGGGUCAUCUGUACUGAGCAGUUCUCACGCUGGGUCGGUUCCAAGAACGACAAGAAUGUCAAGUUUGAGGUGCGGGCACGCUUUGCUGUGUUUGCCGGAUCUCGGCUACAAAACAUGGACAGUCUGUACACUCGCAUGGAGAGUAUGAAGGGAUUGAGGGACUUCUUCACCUUCACCAACCUUAGGUUGAGGCUUCUCAGGCCUGCCCUCGGAGGCACCUAUGUCCAGAGAGACAACCUGCUCAAGUACUUCUAUGCCAUCUCAAACAUCGAGGUACCUGCCAGGUGUAAGUGUAACCUCCAUGCCUCCCUGUGCCUGCUGCAAGAAGGGAACCUCCAGUGCCAGUGUGAACACAACACCACGGGCCAGGACUGCCAGCGCUGCAGGAAGGGCUUCAAAGCCAAGUCCUGGAAGGCCGGUUCCUACCUGCCGGUGCCCAACGGAACCCCCAACACCUGUACGAUUGCUGGCUCCCCCUCCGGUUCUAACUGUGAGUGCUACGGCCACUCCAACCGCUGCAGCUACAUCGACUACCUGAACAUCGUCACGUGCGUCAGCUGCAAACACAACACCAGGGGCCAGAACUGCCAACACUGCAGACUGGGAUACUUCCGCAACGCCUCUGCUGAACUGGACGAUGAGGGCGUCUGCAUCGAGUGUAACUGCAACCAGAUGGGUUCUGUCCAUGACCGGUGUAACAGUACAGGCUUCUGCCAGUGUAAAGACGGCGCCGCAGGGGCCAAGUGUGACGACUGUCUGCCGGGCUUCUACUGGAAACAAGGCUGUCACUCUAACAUUUGCGAUGACGAGAUGCUCCUGUGCCAGAACGGAGGAACUUGCCACCAGAACCAGAAGUGCAUCUGUCCUCCAGAGUUUAAGGGGCUACUGUGCCAACAGCCCCGCUGCGAGGCGGGCAAAGACUGCAACGCUGCCUCUUCGCUGCACCUCUCUACGGCCAACCUGCUGCUCUGCACUCUGCUAGCCCACCUGCUGGCCACGUUAACCCCCCACUGA